AUGGAUCACAAGAUAUCACCCAAACCAGUGGCUGAUGCUUUUGCACUGCCAGAGGUGAAAACUCCCUUGCUGCCGGGCCCGUCUGUUGUCGGCCACCGGAGUGCGCGAACGACCGGGGGCGGCUCGUCCGUCCGGGCCCCGACCUUGUCGGCCACCGAUGUCCGCGAUAGCCUCACCGGCUCGUCCGCAUGGACCCGCGAGACGGCACGCACAGUUGGCUGGCUGCGAUGGGAAGCGGAGCCAGGCCUCAUGUAG